CUAGUCAUUCCAUCCAGAUCAAGCCCUUUUCGUCUCCGCACAUCUCGCCAUGGAUUUGUUGUCCAAGCUCUGCCAAACUAACAUGCUUGCCCAAGCUCCAACCCCCGCAGCCCAAGUUUCACACAUCGGCGUCCCGCGCACAACCGCUGUGAUGCUGGAACUCCGCGUCCGUAUGUCGGCGAUGUGAUGCGGCGCUCGUCGACCCACCGGUGCUGCAACGCAGCAACUCGACCAUGGUCGUCGGGGCAACGACGCAACAACUCAUCCACGGCCGCGAUGCUACGACGCAACCUCGCCGGCUCACUGGUGCUGCAAGUCGUCGACGACGGAGCUGCAAUGAAGCGCUCGCCGACGGCUCCCCGGGCUCCGAUGCAAAACGCUCGCAGGAAGCUUCCCGUGCUGCAUCCCAGCGCUCACCGGCGGCCUCGGAGUUGUGGUGCAGCGUUUGGUGCUCCAUUGAAACACCGACGGAGCUGCAAUGGAGCUUCAUGUCGGGGACUGGAUGAAGUGUUUGGUGUUGCUAUGGAGUGCUCGCCGGUGGCCUCGGAAUUGUGGCGUAGCCCUUGGUGCUCCAUCGAAACACUGGUGGAGCUGCAAUGGAGCUUCGUCGGCGGCUCCCGUGCUCCGAUUCAGUGCUUGCCGGCGCUCCCGGUGCUGCAUCUCGACACUCGUCGUCGGCUGGUGAUUGGUGCUGCUAUGGAGCGCUCGCCGCCGGCAGCUCCUAUGCUCCAAUACAGUGCUCGCCAACGCUCAUGCUGCUGCAUCUCAACACUCAUCGUCUGCUGGUGAUUGGUGAAGUGUUUGGUGCUGCUAUGGAGCUCUCGCCGCCGGCAAGAAAGCAUCACCGGAGCAUCGCCGGGUACUGCAAUGGAGCACGCUACAGCUCUCACCGGAGUGGUGGACGGUGUGUUUGCAGCACACACAGAGGCGCUGCAGAAAGACAUGGGAGGUUGGGAAUGGAUUGAACUGUGUCGUACUUGUAUUAUUCUAUCAUCAGAGAAUCGAGUGGCUGAAAUUACACUGUAUAUGCGCGAAUCAACGGCUCGCCAGGUGGCUGAUCUUUUCCUAAGAUGAGCCGGUUGAUGCGUAGCAGCCGCCUACUAUAUUGCAUUGCAUCAUGUCAUCAUGCCAUUAAUUCUUGCAACCCAAACAAAACUCUGGUUAAUAAAUUGUGUAGAUUUUUUAUCCAUUUAAA